AUGGCGUAUGUGUUAUAUGGUAAGUUUAUUCAUGAGUUCAGUGCAUAUGUGAUACUUGGCAUGAUAUGUUUCAGCUGCAGCCCAAACUCCCCGGUUCUGCAGUUUUAUGACAGUGAUAGGCGGUUCCCUGCAUGGGGUUUUGGCGCAAAGAUACCACAAGGAUUUAUAUCUCACUGCUUCAACUUGAAUGCAACUACCAAUGACUGUGAGGUAGUUGGAGUUGACGGCAUCAUGUCUGCCUACUCCUCUACUCUUUACAGUGUUGCUCUUGCUGGGCCAACCUUGUUUGGGCCCGUGGUCACCAAAGCUGCAGAAAUUGCCAACCAUGCUGUGCAGUAUUCAAACAACAAAUAUUUUGUCUUGCUCAUUAUCACGGAUGGUGUUAUUACUGACGUGCAAGAAACAAAAGAUGCUAUCGUAAGGGCGUCAGACUUGCUGUUGUCCAUUCUCAUCGUGGGGGUUGGAGCUGCUGAUUUCACACAAAUGAGGGUAGUUGGAGUUGAUGGCAUCAUGUCUGCCUACUCCUCUACUCUUUACAGUGUUGCUCUUGCUGGGCCAACCUUGUUUGGGCCCGUGGUCACCAAAGCUGCAGAAAUUGCCAACCAUGCUGUGCAGUAUUCAAACAACAAAUAUUUUGUCUUGCUCAUUAUCACGGAUGGUGUUAUUACUGACGUGCAAGAAACAAAAGAUGCUAUCGUAAGGGCGUCAGACUUGCCGUUGUCCAUUCUCAUCGUGGGGGUUGGAGCUGCUGAUUUCACACAAAUGAGGAUCCUAGAUGCCGACUUUGGUAAGCGGCUGGAGAGCUCGACCGGAAGGAUUGCCACACGCGACAUCGUCCAGUUUGUGCCCGUGCAAGAAGUCGAAGGUCAGCAUUUGCACCUGUAG